CUAGCUCAUGGGUACUAUAAAACCACUUACGCCUGAUAUUGGAAGUCCCGAACGCACAACGGUCUAUCCUCACAGCUGAACUGAUCAGCAUGAUUUCGCUGCCUUUCGGCCUAUCAUGGCCGGUGGUCAUCUUGGGGCUAGUUGUUCUCUACGCAAUCGAGCGGGCGAUUGCAUACUACAAAGCGCUCCGGGAUGUCUCCUUCCUACCAGGACUUACCUUCCCCGCCUCGAUGUACUCCAUACCUGGCUCUCUAUUGCUUUCCAAUGAAUGGAAUUUUGGCCUGACAUUCAAUUGGAGAUGGCGGGAUCGGUUCUACAAACUCUCGCCAAUAGAGAUGACUCGACAGAUCGGUCUGUUCGUCGGGCGGCCCAUGAUGUAUACCAACUCACCGGAAGUCGUCAAGCAAAUCUUAGCAUACAAGGCACCUUGGGACAAGCUGCGCGAGAGCGUGCAAAGUGUGAGUCCGCUUGGCCCGAAUGUGUUCGCCACGACGCGCCACGAGUGGCCUCGGCACAGGAAAGCCGUUUCCCCUGGGUUCCACGGCCAAUUUGGGAGAAUGAGCGAGGUGACGGCGGUCACCUCCAAGUUCGCGCUGUAUCUCAUCGCAAAAUGCGGAUUUGGCACCCGUCUCUCUUGGAAUGAAGACGUUGGCGAACGCGUUGGGGGGCAUGUCCCUUCCCGAGUGCUUCGCGGUCACCAGUGGCUCUGUGAUCCUAUUGUGCUUCUUGCCCAGCUGGUCAUUCCUCUUCGCCGCCUCUACGAUGCGAGCAAAGCCCUAGAGGGGAUAUUGCAAGGGAUCAUAGAUAAACGUCGAACAGAAGGAUUCGGUGACACAAGCCAAGACAAGGACAUCUUCAGUCUUCUCUUAGCCGCAAAUGAGUUGGAGAAGGGCAGUAAAGGUGCCCUCUCUGAUCCAGAGCUCAUUAGUAACGUGUUUCUCUUGCUUCUGGCUGGCCAUGAAACCACGAGCAAAGCGUUCGCCGCUACGUUGGGCGACUAG